AUGAGAGGUCUUGAUACUGAUACUGUGGAGCAUCAUUUUCUGUUGAAAUCAGAAUGUCCACCAGUCAAACAAAAAUUAAGAAGAACACGCCCAUACAUGGCUCUCAAGAUCAAAGAAGAGGUUCAAAAGCAGAUUGAUGUCGGUUUUCUUGUUACAACUGAGUAUCCUCAAUGGUUGUCCGACAUAGUUCCCGUUCCAAAGAAAAAUGAAUACGAUAUUGAGUACCAUACCCAUAAGGCAAUAAAAGGAAGUAUCUUGGCUGACCAUUUAGCUCACCAUACAAUUAACGACUAUCAAUCAAUUCAAUUUGACUUCCACGAUGAGGAUGUAAUGUACUUAAAAGCAAAAGAUUAUGAUGAACCGUUGCCAGGUGAAGGGCCAGAUCCAAAAUCCCGUUGGGGAUUGAUAUUUGAUGGAGUUGUGAAUGCUUAUGGAUAUGGAAUUGGGGAAGUCAUUGGCACUCCUCAAGGUUCUCAUAUUCCAUUUACCGCAAGAUUUACAUUCACUUGUACGAAUAAUGUGGCAGAGUAUGACGUGUGCAUUAUAGAUCUUAAAGAGGUUACUGACUUGAGAAUCAAAAUUAUGGAUGUGUAUGGAGAUUCAACUUUGGUGAUUAAUUAG